ACCAAAAUGAGCUCCUAUCUAAAUACAAAGACAUUUUUGAGCAGAACAGUGGAGGUGGAGGAAGAUCUUGUCUUACCAGCUAAGGCAAAUGUAUAUCUAAGGCACCCUGAUUAUUUGGAAGAAAAACCACUUCAGAAGAGGGCAUAAUGGCUCAGGAUAUGACUGAGAAGGAGCUAAAGCAAAUGGAAUUAGAUCAACUGAAGAAGGAAGUGAAGCUUGAAAGACAAAUGAUCUCCCAGACAGCAAAAGAACUCAGAACCUUUAUAGAAUCUAUGGCUGAAGAAGAUCCUCUCUUAAAAGGGAUUCCAGAAGAGAAGAAUCCAUUCAAGGAGAAGGGAGGUUGUACAAUAAGCUGACUCUGGCCCCACCCAAGAGAAGAUCUUUGUGUAGCUCUCUUUAUAUACUACUUAGUACUGUAUGAAAUAUGCUUACCCUAUACAAUGAAUCUAAAUCAAGAUUGGGGAACCUUUGGACCCAAAGGGUGCUGGGGGGCUGGUAGUCCAUUAGAAGGUCCACAGGAUCCCCAUCCUUAGAAAUUUUCUGCAGGAGGGAAUUUAAUCAUGCCUCAAAAAAAAGGAACCAGAACAAAUUUAUGACCUAUAUAUAUGUAUUUCUCUUUAGCCAGGUUCUUCCUAUGUAAACCAAGAUUUUUAUGUAGCCCUAGUUCAGUGAAAUCACAAUCCACUAAUUUUUAGGCUUUUUUCUUUUCCUGGCAGCCAGCAAACACUCUGCUGCCCAUUGGAAGACUAAGGAGGAAAAAAAAAAGCCUACGAAAAGGAAAGAAUAUAUAUAUAU